AAAACUCGACCACAUGGUCCAAAUCAGGCGAGUGUGCCGAGUACACUCGCCGAAUCGCCCGCCGAUUCAAUAGAAGAAAAGCACUCUCCUUCAAUGACCAGGUCGGCUUCUGUGUAGCUCUAGGACCAGCAACUAGCAACAAACAGAGCACUAAAGGGAUUGAACAACGAAAGAGGAUUUGAUAAGUAGUCAAUGGUGUUGGAAAAUGAGUUCUGAAGCUGUACUUGCUUUGAAGGUUUAUCGACAGCUUCUCAGCGCUAUUAAUAAGCACAUUGGCCAAGAAGAUUACAAGAAUCGUUUUGGUGAAUUCAUAAUGCAAGAAUUCCGGAAGAACAGCAAUCUGUCUGACCAAUCAUCCAUUCGGCAGAAAAUCAAGCUUGCUCGUGAUUAUACUUUGUUGCUUAAUAGUGUGCACCAUCACAAGGAGUUGUUAUUUUCUUACAACAUUGCUGUGGAUAGAUCAGAUGAAAUGAAAAGAAUACUAGGAAAAUCAGCUGCAAGUGUAGGUCUUCAGCUUCCUGACGUUUAUCAUCCUUGAUGGUCGAGAAGUUUUGCUCUUGAUACUAUUCAUUUCAGGAACUGCGGCUUCCAAUGUACUUCAGAACUUGAUUGGAGAAGAUAUACCUAAUCCUAGAGUUGGAUUGAUUGGUUUAUUCACCAAAAUCGGUUCAGUAACUCGCUUGAGCCAGCUGUUGGACAUAUUUUAUCAUUUUUUUUGGAAAGAUAUGUUAAUGGAAAACUAGAAAAAAAAAAUCAUGUAACUGCUUUUUCUCAACUUUCCAUUAUGAUUUGCCUUCUUGUUCUUCAAAGGCAUUUUAAAUGUAUCUGUCACUUUAUAUUAGCUAAUACUUGCAAUCACCAAUGGCUUCAUGUCUUUUCACAGUAAA